GGCUGCCCCGAGCCGCGGGACUGCUGGCGCUGCCCGGGCUGGGGCCGGGGCUGCCGCGGCACACCGGGGCCGGUCGCGUCUGUCGCGACAGCGCCAAACGCAUGGGGGCGACCCGGCUCGGCCAUCGGCUGGCGCUGCCUGGGCACCUUCCCCCGCCGCCGCUCGGCACUCGGCCGCGUGCCCUGGCGGCCGCUGCCGUUCCGGUUCAGUCCCCGCUCCAUUUCCGGUUCCGCUUCCGGCGGCGCGGCAGCAGCGGCCGGGCCCGGGGCCGCCAUGGCCGCCACGGCCGGGAGCCGCACGCAGAAGAUCGGGAGCGUGUUCAGCCGGGCGCGGAACCUGGUGCGCAUCGGGCUGCUGCGGAAGCCGCUGUGGCUGGACGUGUACGCCGCGUUCCCGCCGCUGCGGGAGCCCGUGUACCGCGUGCCGCGGCCGCGCUACGGGAGCCGGGACCCCAUCGGAGCCGUGCUCUACCGGGAGGACACCGUGCGGGCGAGGUUUUACAAAGUUUAUGGCAAUGGCCCCAAACCUUUCGACCUGACACAGUUGAACUUCAAAUCCACGUGCCAGAGGUUUGUUGAGAAAUACAAUGAACUGAAGGAAGAGGGGAAAAUUGAAGAGGAGAAGUUGUUUGAAGAAACAGGAAAAGCCCUUUUAGCCAGCGGGAUCCUUUUACAGAGAAGAGGAGUAGACAAAGGUGCUGCAGCCAGGGAUGCUGCCUCGCAGCCCCAGCUGCAGGACAAGAGGAAGGACGGGCAGGAGCAGCCACCAGAGCUGGCAGGGACACAGAAGGAGAAUCCCUGUCCCUCCUGACAGCCCUGUCACCUGCCAGCAGCCACCUCCAGCCCUCCCUGGGGACAUUUCCCUGAGGAACAGGGUCCUGGUGCCCUCCAGGCUGGUCCAUGGCACACAUGCUCCCCUCUGUCCAGCUCCACAUUGAUAAAGUCACAGAUAAUCUUAUUUUGUUUAAUGUGCACAACUGUUUUCUGAACUCAAGUUGGAAAAUACCGAGUGUAAAAGUGGAAAAUUAAACCAUUCUCUUUAAAAACUGGAA